AGGCGGGACCGACCAGGGCCGCGCGGGGGCAGCCACCGGGCGUUCGGGCGCUGAGCGGUGGGAGCGGAGGCUGGCUCUGGCCCGUCGCCAUUCCACCGCGGGCGUCUGGCUCGCGGGGCCUUGCUCCCGCGCCGCUUCGCACCGGCCGUGCUCCUCUCCCGGUGCGCAGCGGCCCAGGCGGCCGGCGGUGGCCGGAGCGCGGGGCAGGCUCUGCGCGCGAAUGAAUGGGCGCCCGGGGGACGCGCGCGCUCGGGGCUGAAGGGCAUUAGGACCGUGAGGAUCGCUCCGCGCUCCUGUCUCUCCCUAUCACCCCCCACCCCCCACCUCUCUCCCUUUUCUGCUCUGCAGGACUGAGCAGCCAGGCGCGAGCGAAAACAAACAGCUGGGGCUGCGAGCGCCCCCACCCCGGCCCCGAGAGCAAGCCGGCCCGGGCCCCCACUCGGGGCGCCCGCCCGCCCACCAUGAGGAGGAUCCGCGCCAAUGCCAUCGCCAUCCUGACCGUUGCCUGGAUCCUGGGCACUUUCUACUACUUAUGGCAGGACAACCGAGCCCACGCAGCAUCCUCCGGCGGCCGGGGCGCGCAGAGGGCCGGCGGGAGGCCAGAGCAGCUCCGCGAGGACCGCACCAUCCCGCUCAUUGUGACAGGAACACCCUCCAGAGGCUUCGAUGAGAAGGCGUACCUGGCAGCCAAGCAGCUGAAGGCCGGAGAGGACCCUUACAGGCAGCAUGCCUUCAACCAGCUGGAGAGUGACAAGCUGAGCCCAGACCGAGCCAUCCGGGACACACGCCAUUACAGUUGCCCGUCUCUUUCCUACUCUGCGGACCUGCCGGCCACCAGCGUCAUCAUUACCUUCCACAAUGAGGCCCGCUCCACCCUCCUGCGCACUGUGAAGAGUGUCCUGAACCGAACUCCAGCCAGCCUGAUCCAGGAGAUCAUCUUAGUGGAUGACUUCAGUUCAGAUCCUGAAGACUGUCUGCUCCUGACCAGGAUCCCCAAGGUCAAGUGCCUGCGCAAUGAUCGGCGGGAAGGGUUGAUCCGGUCCCGCGUUCGCGGGGCAGAUGUGGCCACAGCUGCCGUGCUCACCUUUCUGGACAGCCACUGUGAAGUGAACACCGAGUGGCUGCAGCCCAUGCUGCAGCGGGUCAAGGAGGACCACACCCGUGUGGUGAGCCCCAUCAUCGAUGUCAUCAGUCUGGAUAACUUUGCCUACCUUGCUGCAUCUGCUGAUCUUCGUGGAGGAUUUGACUGGAGCCUGCAUUUCAAGUGGGAGCAGAUCCCUCUUGAGCAGAAGAUUGCCCGGACCGACCCCACCAAGCCCAUAAGGACUCCUGUCAUAGCUGGAGGAAUCUUUGUGAUCGACAAGUCCUGGUUUAACCACUUGGGAAAGUAUGAUGCCCAGAUGGACAUCUGGGGCGGAGAGAAUUUUGAGCUCUCCUUCAGGGUGUGGAUGUGCGGUGGGAGCUUGGAGAUCGUGCCCUGCAGCCGGGUGGGCCACGUCUUCAGGAAACGGCAUCCCUACAACUUCCCUGAGGGCAACGCCCUCACCUACAUCAGGAACACCAAGCGCACUGCAGAGGUGUGGAUGGAUGAAUACAAGCAGUAUUACUAUGAGGCCCGGCCCUCGGCCAUCGGGAAGGCCUUUGGCAGCGUAGCCACGCGGAUUGAGCAAAGGAAGAAGAUGAACUGCAAGUCCUUCCGCUGGUACCUGGAUAACGUCUACCCAGAGCUCACAGUCCCCGUGAAGGAAGUGCUCCCUGGCAUCAUUAAACAAGGGGUUAAUUGCUUAGAAUCCCAAGGCCAGGACUCAGCUGGGAACUUCCUGCUUGGAAUGGGGAUCUGCAGAGGGUCUGCCAAGAACCCCCCAGCACCCCAGGCGUGGCUGUUCAGCGACCAUCUCAUCCAGCAGCAGGGGAAGUGCCUGACUGCCACCUCCACGUCCAGCACCCCAGGCUCCCUGGUCCUACUGCAGGGGUGCAACCCGAGAGAAGGCAGGCAGAGAUGGAGGAGAAAAGCCUCUUUCAUCCAGCACUCGGUCAGCGGCCUCUGCCUGGAGGCCAAGCCCGCCCAGCUGGUGACCAGCAAGUGCCAGGCCGACGCCCCGGCCCAGCAGUGGCAGCUGACGCCGCACACGUGACGGUAGCCUGGGGCCUCCCAUACCUUUUGCAUGAGACUUUGGGACUGGAAGCGGGUUAGGGUGGGGGAGUGUGAAGCAGGCCGUCCCCAUCUCCUCACAUUUCCGCCGGAAUCAUCAGCAAACCCCCCUGCCACGACACACAGUUCCCCCAAAGCUUGUUCGGGGCGGGCACAGCGGGGCAGGCCCUGAUGCUCCGGCUGCCAGCCCGGCCUUGCCCCAGAAGAGGAGACGGUCAGAUGCUGCUGCUGGGCAGAGACUGGGCAGCCCACCCCCGGCCCUUGGUCCCCUUCCCCUCACCCUCCCAGGGUCCCGGACAGUGUUUGGGGGAGCCGUCCCCCAUUGGCUGGGGAGAGCAAGGACAGAAGCCCACGCAGGGCCCCUGCUGGGUCACAGGGCCUAGCUGUGGGACCGGCAUGAGAGAACGUGGGCAGCAUGGAUGGGGAGGCUGAGGGCCGGGCGAGGGGGUGCAGCCUGAAGGCAGGUGGAGAACAAGAAGGAGGUGAGAAGCUCUGUGGCUUGUCCCAGGCAGGUGCUGGGUUGAGCGUGGGAAGGAUAGGAUCUGGAGCAAAGGAUGGGUAAUUUGCAGAAGGACAUGGAUGGAAAAGCAGCAAAGCACCAAAAGAAUUAGUCUCUUCCAGACAACCCAUAGUUCUUCCCAUGCUGUGUCAGUCCCCGCCCAUCGCGCCCGGCACUCUGGCCUCCACGUUCCUAGCAAGAGGCUGCAACGGGGUCUUCAUGGGCAGCCUUGGGACCCAGUUUAUUAAACAAAUCCCACUUCUGUUUGGCCAUGUGUCAGGCCAAGACCUCUUUUCUUGGGCUUAAAGACCAGCUGGUGCCCUGUCUGCUCUGCCCGGGCCCAUGGUGAUGACCCCGGGUGGGCAGGCAACCACCAUGCACCCUGGAGCAGCCCCAUCCUCGUUCAGACUUUGACUCCUGCCUUCUCAAAAGCCUUUGUCUCUGUAAAUACAGCGUUAUGGUGUUGAAGUAGCUGGUAAGAACAGGACCUCCCUUCCGGAGCUAAACAUUCCCUAACACAUUAGGGAGUAAGUCGCGGAGGCUAAGCCUCAUCCUCACCCUCCCCACUGCAGGAGGGAGGCCUGAGAGGGUCAGUUCCCACAGUGAGCGGGGAGGCUGGCUGGUGGCUCCUGUUUGUGUGGAGAACCCCAGCUCCUUCUCACGGCCAUUGGGCCCACGGCCUGGUCUUGGAAACGCUUCUGCUAUUCCUCUUUUCCUCUUCCCCAACCCUAGUGGCUCAGGCAGGGUGAUUUUUGGCAAAAGACCAGGGGUAUGAGGACCCCUGGGCAUCCCCCUCCCAAAGCAAAUCCGCCUGGGACCUCUAGGGAGUUCAUGGAUUCCAGAGGGCCCGGGACUCUCCUGAAAUUGUCCCCCAAAUCAUGCAUGUGUGUGCAGAUGUGCAUUUUCCUGGGGAGAGGGUCCAUGGAUCGCCCCAGCUUCUUGCAGAGGUCCCUGAUCCCCAAAGGGUCUGCGCCUCUGCUCUGGCCUGGAGCAACCACCGGGCUGAGCUGCCGUGCGCCUUCUCCCUCCCUGGUGAGCCUAGACUGCUGGUUCCUGCUCCUCCAUGGGCCCUCAGGCCAGGAGCCCUGCCAUGGGGGGCCUCGGGAGCUUCCUCACUCCCUGACUCUCACCAGGCCCUCUCAAGCAGUGCUCCUGGGCCCCAGCACAGGGCCUUGGCCCCCCAGGGGGCCCCAUCUCCCGUCCUCUGUCACUGUGUUUCCUCCGCCCCCAUCUCUGUUGUGUGUGUCCCCCCCACCCCCCUGCAGCGUGGCCCCUUGGGGAUGGGGGGCACAGCUUCCCUCGCUGAGUGUAAGGGGGCUGCUGCUCAGAGAAGCCUGAGAGCCCCUCCCUUCCCUGGGGGCCGACUGCACCUGUCCACCGCCCCUCCCUUCCCCGUGGGCCCCCUGCACCUGUCCACCGCCCCUCCCUUCCCCGUGGGCCCCCUGCACCUGUCCACCGCCCCUCCCUUCCCCGUGGGCCCCCUGCACCUGUCAGACGCCCCUCCCUUCCCCGUGAGCCCACUGCACCUGUCCGACGCCCCUCCCUUCCCCGUGGGCCCCCUGCACCUGUCCACCGCCCCUCCCUUCCCCGUGGGCCCCCUGCACCUGUCCACCGCCCCUCCCUUCCCCGUGGGCCCCCUGCACCUGUCAGACGCCCCUCCCUUCCUUGUGGGCCCCCUGCACCUGUCAGACGCCCCUCCCUUCCCCGUGGGCCCCCUGCACCUGUCAGACGCCCCUCCCUUCCCCGUGGGCCCCCUGCACCUGUCCACCGCCCCUCCCUUCCCCGUGGGCCCCCUGCACCUGUCCACCGCCCCUCCCUUCCCCGUGGGCCCCCUGCACCUGUCCGACGCCCCUCCCUUCCCCGUGGGCCCCCUGCACCUGUCAGACGCCCCUCCCUUCCCCGUGGGCCCCCUGCACCUGUCCACCGCCCCUCCCUUCCCCGUGGGCCCCCUGCACCUGUCCACCGCCCCUCCCUUCCCCGUGGGCCCCCUGCACCUGUCCGACGCCCCUCCCUUCCCCGUGGGCGACUACACCUGUCCGCCGUCCUUCGUGGGCCUCAGCCCUGCUCUGCUCUUGCCUUUCCUCUUCUUAACCAAAGCAUGUGCCACUCGCCGUCCCUGAGGGGCCUCGUCUUUAUGAAACAUGCACUUGGAAUAAAACCACCUCUCACCGUACACGUGCACCUGCGCCUUUCUCACCCCGAAGCCACCCUCCCCCGCCGCAUGGGCAAGUUGGGGCCUCGAUGCUGUAAAACUGAAACUGAACGCGUUCGGGUCUCACCCCCUCCUGUACCUGACAGCUUGCUCCUCGGCCUACGUGCCCCACGGUACCCCAGGGUGUCCCGGAUGACAGGCUGGCAGCUCUGGGGGACCAGCAGGUAUCCCUGCUGCUGGGGCGGGCUGGGACCAGGGCCCUGCUCCGGCUCCGUGGCCUCCUCGUGGGACCCUGCUUGGGGCUUUGAAGUGGAAACCACGGGGCUUUUCCGAAUACUUGCCUUUUGCCAACCCUCUCUCCUUCCCUGGGUGAUAGCCCUGACCCCCCAGAACUGCCCUUCCCCGCCUCCACCACACAAGAAGGCAGUGGGAAAAUGCAGGUGGGACAUCUUCCUGGGUAGAAACAGCAAACUAAUUCCAGAAAGAGUCCCAUCAGCCUAGCCUUGUUGAUCGGGUAGCAGAUGCUGUGCGUAACGUUUCCAUGGAAACCGAUGGAAAGCCCCCACCACUCCUAUGAUCAGAAGCUGAACCUACCCAGGUAAAAAUAAAUGCUGCUUCGGUGCACAUAUGAACAGUGGUGGGCAGGCCAGUGCGCACCUUUCCUGCACGCAGCCAUUUCUGCCCCACCCCCCACUUCAUCUCAGGGGUCCCCAGAACUUCUGGCCACCAUGCCCCUGGCUGGUGACAGUUCCAAGCACACAGUGUGGCUGCACAGCCCAGCUUGGGCUAACUGGGCACAGGGAACAAUUUACUGCAGAAGACUCUGGCUGUAGUCUCUGUCCAUCCUGUCAAGGAGCACAUCCCACUGCCCACCUCCUUCUUAGGGUUCUGGCCAAGCUGGGCCAGCUCUCCACAUUCCCCCUUUUUUCCUUCCCAGCCUCCAGGGGCUCUGGUGCUGCUUCUCCUGAGUCGUGCUCUUUUGCCCUCCUCCAAACCUACCUCUCUGGAGGCCCAUUUUUCUCUUCCACCUCCCCCUUUUUUUUUUCUGGAAAAUAAGACUGGGUGAGCCUUUAGCCAGCUCCUGGAGGGGUCGGCAAAAACUCUCAGGCUGGCCCUUAGGGACUUACAGAACACAGCAGAAAAGUCUCGAAGAGUGCAUGGGUGGGGAGGGCAGGAGGGACGUGGGCAUGAGGCCUGCCUCCCGUUUAUCCAGCAGGGAGGAGUGCCUCCAUCCCUGGGCCUCUGUGACUUGCCUUCAGUUUUCCCAGUGGCUCGGCCCCACGCCCCUCAGGAGAGGGCUCUCCAUCUGCAGUUGGGAGAAAUAACAUGGGCAACACCUGUCUUCCAAGGGGUCCGGCACCCCCAGGCCUGCGGAGAAUCUUCCAUCACUGGGCGGGGUGUGGUCCUCUCCCACCAAGGGAACAGAAUAGGAAACCUGGAAAAGAAAAGCUACAGUUCGUGACACCCACAGCUUCAUUCCCGACAGUGCUCCCACCGUCCUUGGUGUGUCCCUGCCAUGGGUGACCCCUCCAGAGGGAGGGAGGGGUCCAGGCAGCUUCUCAUCUUAAAAGGUCUUCACGGCUGGGCAAAGAGCUCAGGUGAGGCAGGUGGGGGCCGCCCUCUCCUGGGCCUGCAGCCAGGCUGUGUGGGUCAGCAGGAGGGUGGAGGCUCCCGAGCCAUCUGAGGACAGCCCUCUGCCUCGGGACUCGACCCCAUGAAGUGCGAGGAAGUGGGUAGACAGAGUGUGGAUCCCAGGGCCCUCGUCAGCCAGUCUGUCCUCACUCUGCCACUUACUGGCCGUGUGGUCUUGAGUCUCUUACAUCGUCUUUCAGCCUUGGGUUCCUCACCUGGAGGAAGGGGUCACUUCGAGCCCUGGAGGGGUUUUGUGAGGAAUGAUUUAUUUCUAGUGUGCAAAGCAUCUCUCUAAAAGCCUAGUGAACAUGCAUUCGUGCCACUAUUAAUAAACAUUUUUGGAGGGCCUGCUACGUACUAGGCGCUUUACCGGGGGUGGUGACACACAUAUAAAACAGAAAUUGUCUCUGCCCUUAAGAACAUUCUAGCAGGGGACAUGGACAAAGAAAGGGGCCCCUGUGAUACCACAUGAUAAAAGCCACAGGGAAGGCAGGAACUAUGGGAGCAGCAAGGAGGGGCCUCUUGCUGUGGGCAGGGUGGGGGGGCGGCCAGGAGUCCUGAUGCUUCCAGGACAGCUGCCCAUGACCCUCGGGGCAACGCCUGCCUCGGCUGGGUAGAGGGUGGGCUGGAUGAGGCCUGGUGGGAGCUAGAAUACUAUCCGGGCUGGUGGCUCAGCAGGUACCGUGGAAUGGCCUGGGCUUGUCACCUCAGUGCACACAGCAUCAUGGGGAUGUAAACCAGCCUGUAAUCGUAGAAGGAUUCUAGAAGGAAGGUAUGGCAGCCGUUUAAACCCAAACAGAUAAACCCUUUCCUUCUUGACCUAAUGACCAUUCCUCCAGGGCUCAGUCUUUGGUGAGGGCAGAGGAAAGGAUGGGGAAAUAGGUGGCCGGGAGAACUGGAUGAUUCUUAUCUGGAGACAAUGAAUACAAAUGACCAGGUGGUGUUCCAGAAAGACUUGUUUUCUCCUUCCUCCUUGGUUCAGGUUAUCUCUGAUCCAUUCAAGCCAUCUGAAAACAAAGCCUGUCUCCCAACAAUUUGUCUUUCAAAUAAGUGUCUCUCAAGUUUCAGCCCCCAGAUAAGCUGGGGCAAUCAACUCAAGGUGGAGGCACUCGUAGGCACAUUUGUCCCCAGGCUCCCACCCAGAUCUGCUGACUCCGAAUUUCCAUGUGUGUCCGAAUUUCCAUGUGUGUCCCGUGGCCUCGGUGAUACAGAUUCACCUGGAGUCUGCGACCCUCUGAAGCAUGAGGCAGACCUGGAGGCCCAGGGAGGAGAAGCCACGCAGGGGAUACUCAGGAUGAGCCCCAGCUCUGCACCAAGCACUCCAGUACUUGACCUCACUGCGAGCAGGAGAAGCCAAGGGGAAAGAAGGCCACCCCUGUGCUCCUUACCAGCAGAAGGAUGUAGGAGCUGGAUGUCUAGGCCAGAACUGGCUCCCAAGGAGAGCAGUAACAGACAGAUGCCCCCAGCUAGGACACCCUCAUUUGAACAGGAAACCAGGGCUGGCAGGAGAGUCUGGGGUUCUGGGUCCAGGACCAGGAGAGAAGUGUCUCCAGACGUGGUUGCUUAGGUCUCCUCUGGGGCCUUUCCCCACCACCUGAGUCAGAGGUAGCCCCCAGCUGAAGCCCCCAGCUGGGUUAGAGGCAGCUUGCUGAAGUGUGGGCCCAUAGGCCCCAUAGCACUCUCAGACACAGCCACUGACGUUGGCAAGGGCGUCCCUCACCCCGGGAUGACUGAUCUCCAGAGCCUUGUUCUCCGGGGGGUAGGGGGAUAGGACAGUGGGGGCUUGUUAAGGUUAGAUCAGGUCACAGUGGGAGCAGCAGGUGGAGCCAGGGGCUUUCUCCUGGGUAUGCAGUGUGACCUCAGCCCUGCGCUCACAUCCUGUAGCUGUCGGGUGGAGACUGAUCGCCUCUUGCGUUCCAAUGGAUGCCGGGCAGGUGAGCAGGCUCUGGGCCGCGGUCUGAGCUUCUCAGGCAUGCCUCUCGUGGAUCACAUAGUCUCUUACCCCUGUGGCAUCUUCACCACGAACAUCACCGAGCCCACGAUGAUGUGCUGAGCACCUACCGCAGAGGAUAUACAGUUGGCUCAAGGAGUCCUGUAAACCCCCAGUGGUCAAGGCUGUCCACUGCCAGACACCAGAAAGCCAGGCCAACCUCAGCUCCCAUCCUCCAGCCACACUCACCUGUGGCAUUUCUGGAAGUUGCUUUCUGCCUUCUCUUGCCUGUGCUUGCUGUUCCUUCCACUCUCUACCUUGUCGUCUCCAUGGGUUGAUGCUACCCAUUUUUCCAGACAGAUGGCUGCUUCCACAAGGAAACGUUCCCAGUCUCCCACUUGUCUGAGGGCAUCCCUCCAGCUUGUUUCUUCAAUGUCUUGAAUGUUCCUCUCCAGCCACAGUGGUCACCUUCUUCCAUAUGCUGUGACAAGGACUUGUCUUCUCUAGCCCUUAUGUGUCCUCUUUGCGGCCAGGCUGGGUCUCGUGGAUACCAGGACCCAUGUCUGCUCCCCACAGCCGCCGCUCGGAGCCUGGCUCUCAGAAUCACAGUAAAUGCUGGCUUGCCAAAUGAAUGAACUCACAGAUUCUCACUGGGCUGUGUUUUAGUUUUAUUUUGUUCCAUCUUGUUCUAGUGACAAGGCAUUUUUACGUUUAGGAAUUAGGACAAUGCAUACAGGAAGCACUCAGUCCAUAUUUGUUCAUUUUUCCUGUCACUUCUCCCUAUAAGCUUGAUAUCUUCACAACUCCACCCUUCCUACUUAUUAGCUGUCUCCAAGCCCUCAACAGCGAGGCGCUGGUGAUGCCAAGGGCUGCCACGGAUUGAGCAUUUCCUGGGUACCCAGAACUUGACACUGCUACAGGUGUCGAUCCCCAACACCUCCUAUGAGGUAGGCUCUGGUGUGCCCACUUCCCAGAUGAGGAAGCAGGGGCCCAGUCAGGAGAAGAGACUUGCCCAAGGACAAAUAUCGAGGUUUAAACUUGGUUCCCGAGAAGUGAGCGUUGGGUGGUCCCACAGACCAGCAGCAUCAGCAGCAUCUGGGAACCUACUAUCAAUGCCAACUCUUGGGCCCCACUCAGACCUACUGAAUCAGAAACUCUGGCGGCGGGGCCCAGCUACCUGGGUUUAACCAGCCCCUAGAGGCUUCUGAUGCUCCUGGAGUUUGAGAGUCACUGGUUUGGUGACUAGGAUGGGUCCUGGUCCCCUGACUGGAGGGCAUGGGUCACCACCUGGCAUAGCCGGCCUUGCUCUGCUGAGCAGGCUGCCUCCCACCGAGCCCUGGGCUGUGAUGGAUCUCUCUGGGGCCGAGGGUGGGUGGGGAUGAGACCGGGCCAAGGCUUGCCACUGAGCCACAUGCCACAUGCCAGCCGUGCUUCAUGUGAUUUAUGAGCUUCUGCCCCAACAGCAGCCACAGACGGCUGACGUGCUUAUAAAAGAGCUCCCACCCCAGAAGAUUCCUUAAUCAAGGCAUCAGCAGUGCACCCCCCAGCCUGCAGGAUGGGCAGACAUUUUCCAUGAGUUAUGUGGCUCAGUCCUUUUUAGGGACCAUCUGACGGAUGACGUUCAGGGCCACUCACAUCGCAUACUCACCAGGCGCUGAGCCUCCCACAUUUUCACUUCUUUAAUCCUCACAGCAGCUCUGCCAGGUAAGUAUUCUCAUUAUCACCCCAUUUACGAGCUGGGAAAUUGAAGCCCAAGAGGCUAACACACCUGCCCACGAUUAUCCAAGCCAGUAGAGGUUGAGCCAGGAUUUGAGAUCAUGAAGUCUGGCCCAGGCCCCAUGCCCUGCACUGUGCUUUAUUGCCUUUCACAUGAGUUCACAGCCUCAUACCAACACCAACACUUGUGUAUUGUUCUGUCCCCAUUUUACUCUUCAGGAGACUGGCCCUUUGCAAAGCUCUUAGUCUCAGUCCAGAGCCCAAGAUAUGUCCCCCACCACCCCACACCCUUUCACAGCUGAUUCGUAGAAGCCUGAAAGCUACGGUGGCCAGGGCUGACUCAUCACCCACAGAUGUAGAAAAGGCUGAGAGGCCGAUGGGCCCUACAUCAAAAGGCAGGAAUCGGGAGCACCAGGAUGCCGUCGACCGGAGAAUGUGACGGUCCCUCUCACAGCGACAGAAGCUAUUGCUGCUGGCUCUCCCUGGUGCCAGGUGUCCUCUGGAGCUCAGGGGGGUGAGACCGUCCGCAUGACCCGGCCCGCAAGGGCUCAGGGCUGCUUUGCCGCAUUGUCUGCUCUCUCCCUGCUUGCCGGCCAGGGCUAUUGCUUUCCAAAUGCAUUAUUUCUCCUCGGACACUAGCCUUGUGCUUGUUCGGGUGGAUUCUCCUUCUGCAGGCCUGCCACUUUGGCUCUUGGGGAUUUGAGGGUGGUGGUGGGGAGCUGAGGGUGCUUCGUGGUGCCUAAGGGCUCACCCACAGUUUGCACCAGGAACCUGGGCCUUUGUAUGCUCAUCCAGCAGCUGGGCUGAUUUUUAAUUUACUAUAAGCAAAUGUAUCCAUCCCAGUUACUUUUGGCUGAUUGACCGGGUGCCAGCAGGGUGCCAGCAGGGGUGGAGAGGAGAGUUCUAGCCUUGCAGUAGGAGAACAUUCGCUCCAGCUCUGGCCCAACCGAGCUGGGUGACCUCCAGCAAGCCACUUAAGUUUCUUGAGCCUCAGUGUCCUCAACUGAAAAACGGGGCUGACGUGGGGGAAGAUGAGAUGAGAAAAUGUCUGUGCUUAGGCCUUGUAAACUGGAAAGCGCGUGCAGCAGUCUGGGAGCUACGAGGGAGUGUUUCUCCGACCCUGGGGCAGGCUGUGGAUUUUCCAAAUGCUAAGGACAUGCACCAGCCACCAGGGUUCAGUCAUGGGGGCCAGAGGGGGUGGGAAGCUGACUAGGAAAGAAGAGGUGAGGAGUCCAGCAGUCCACCUUGUUCCUGAGGUUGCUGAUCGGCCUAUGAAAACUUUUUUGGUGGCACUUGCUUUUACCUUUGAGAAGCAAGACAAGUAGAUCCAGCAGGGGACUUGAUGUUACAAGAAGGCCUUGAAAACCUUCAGACUACUGGAGUAAGCCAGGAUGGGAGCCAGGAGGGAGGUUGAGGCCGGAGAAGUGGCUCUGUCUGGGGUCUUCAGAGCUGCCCCUCUCUCACCCGCAUCCCCCACCUGACAUGGAGUAGGGCUCACUGGGCCUGCCCCAUGGAACAGAGGAGCUGGGGCCUGGGAUGACUGUCCUAGCCCAGGCGCCUCUGUCUGUGGAGGACACACAGGAUGCAGCCAGGCCUCUCUCAGAAGGCCUCAGGGAGGAUGACCAAGCCGCAUUGUGGAGACCUUAUACCACAGAUCCUUAUCAACGACACAGAGAAAGCCAUGGUUGGGAGCCCCCUCUCUGGCCCAGGGUUCACUCUGCCUGGCAGGACAUAAAGAGCAGGGGCUGUGGAGCCAAACCAGAGCUGAAGCCUGGCUGUUUCUCCUAGUAGCUGGACCACACGUGGCGAGUUACUUUCCCUGUCUAAACCUCAGUCCUCUCACUGGGAAAACCGGGAUAACACCACCCACUUCUUAGGGAGUUUGAACGGGCUGACAGUCGUGGAGGGGUUGGAAUAAAGAAAGGAGGG